CAACAUCAUCGCAACUAUUCAGUCAACGGAAUACUUAAAUAACGCAUUGUGCAAUCUUGACUUUAUCAUUCUUGUCAGCUUUAUUGAAAGUUUGGGAAACAUUGUUGUAAAGAUAUAUCAUCACGAUAUCAAGAAUUUUUUUCUUCCAUUUAAUAAAACGAUUCACCAGCUAUGCCGCAUAAUAUUUACGUGACAAAUAAAACUACAGGAGUGGAGAAACUCUACGUUCGUUUAAGAAAUGACAAAUUACAAAAAUUUGAAUUUUACUCACGCAAUCUUGUCGUGAUGUCAGCAAACGCAUCGGCAUCAGGUGCAAAGCCUGUUGAUGUUGAAGGAGGCUACCGCAAAAAAAAUGAAGAGGAACGUUUGGAAAAUAAAACGUUUGAGCAUUUGAUUCAAGUUGGCUUUUGUAUUUUUAAAAAUGAUGAGCCUACACCAGUUUCUAUUGAAGACAUCAGUAAGCCAACUUACUUGUCUGUUCAUGAUGGAAAUCUAAUGUGGCAAGCAAAUCUUGUUGUUGACGCAAAAACUCAUGGCUGUAUCUCAAUAACAGGAAGUAAGGAAAAUAUCUUUGUGAAGCUGUCAAAUCCUAAACCAAAGUGGAAAAGUUGUAAACGAGGGGACCCUUUAACAAAUGAAGCCAUUUAUGGUGGAAGAACUAAUAAAGAUGAAGACUUGUACUUUGGUCGUGUACUUCCACGUUUGGGACUGCCAUGCAAAGUGACCGUGAGAAAUGGGGAGUAUUGCGAGUGGAUAUAUUCCUACCACUUUGAGAGAACUGAGAAAAAUGGAGAUGUUCUUUUGAAUACUGGCUACACAUUUGUUAAAAGUAAACGCGGAGACAUUAUGCCACCCAAUUCUGUAAUGACAGGAGCUGCUGGGAGAUGUGACGCAGUGUUAGUCGGAAGAGUAGGUGGUAAUGUGCCUUGCAAAGUAAAUGUUAGAGAUGGAAAGAUAUGGGAUUUCUGGUUCUGUAACCGAGGAGAAAAGUCAGUAAAAAUGGGAGAGGUUCUUUUGCUAACAAAUGAUACUGAUGAUGAAUGAAUAAUGCACUUAAGUGACAAUAAUUAAGCUCUUUCAAAAUUUUUCUUUUUUAAACUUGUUAAGCACAGCUAUAAAAUGAAACUCAACAAGUAUAGACAUAUAUUAUUGUGUAUUUGCUAGUAUUUUACGAUAAUUUCACUUUUAACAGAGCAAGAAGAAGAAUUGUAGGAAUAUAUUCCACACACAUCCUAAUAAAUAUUAUCAAUUUGGUAAAAA